AACAUCCAUAAAGUCUCCUGGCCCAACCCAUCACAGGUGUGUGUUUGUUAUAAUAGAUGAUACAUACUCAAGAACAACUGAAGCAAAAUGAAAUGGAGCACAAUAAACUGCAAUAGAAAGUUACAUUUGGAAGUCCCAUGAUACCCACCAUGACACCAACUGGAUACAACAACACAGGAGUAACAUUUCUUUAUGAGGAAUUUACAAACAUAUCUCUGACAAAUUCAACAAUAAAAGACAAUGAUAAAGAGACUUAUUUGUUGGCUUACAGAAUUAGUCAAUAUAUAGCUCUUUAUUUCUUGCCAAUACUUGGAAUUGUAGGACUAAUUGGCAACAUUUUAAGUUUCAUUGUAUUUGUAACAAGCUUUUUAUCGAAACUAUCUUCCAGUGUUUACCUUGCUGCAUUGGCUGUGUCUGACUCUGGCUUCCUCAUUACAGUGAUAAUAAUGAACUGGCUGCCAUAUGUUAAUGUACAAAUUAUACACAAGCCUGCUAUUUGUCAGAUUACACUUUUUGUCUCUUCUGUGUGUGGUUUUCUGUCUGUUUGGUAUGUGGUUGGUUUCACGGUUGAGCGCUAUAUUGCUGUAUGCUAUCCAAUGAAGAGAAACUUUAUGUGUACAACUAAAAGGGCCAAAAUUGUAGUUAUAUCUCUUGGAAUAUAUGCUAUAGUUUCCUAUUCAUACAUGCUAUGGAUGCAUAUGGUAAUUGGUAAUCAAUGUGUACUCAUCCCUAUUCACAUUCCAGCAUUUUCAAUCUUUCAGUACAUUGAUAUUUUUACAACACUUAUUAUUCCAACUUUAGCACUUUUUAUUAUGAACUCUAGAAUUAGCUUUCAAAUCAUAUAUUUCUUCAAAGAGAGGAAGGUUUUGACUCAGGCAGUAAGAACCUCAAUUAAAAAGCCAAAGUCAUGGAACACACAAGACAGUUCAAGAUUGGCUCAAAUGAAGAUAACAAAAAUGUUGCUUGUGGUGUCAACAGUUUUUCUUCUACUUAAUCUACCCGCCCAUGCUAUUCGUCUUCAAGCAACACUGAUUCAAGUGUUGAAAAUAAGAACUGGUUCGCAUCUUGAAUCUGUGCUUCAAGGGUAUUUUCAAUUACUUUUCUAUCUUAACUUUGGGAUCAAUUUCUUUCUGUACAGUUUCUGUGGCAAAAAUUUUCGCCUUGCGACUACAAAGAUGUUUCGAAAUACAUACCACAAUUUGUGUCAGCGUAAAAUACGUGAGCGUUAUUCAUUGGUAACACGCUGGGGGAACACAAACAAUCGACAUGACACUUCCCCACCACAGGGAUCAUCGACAAGGAACACCUUAACAACGGAAUCAAACCACCCACAGAAUGCUUUCAAUAUGGGAACAAUGUACUUUAAUGGCAAAUCAUAUAGUGUCAAGUCACACAAAUAUCAUCGAAACUCUUCAGAACUGAUCUGAAUUUGGAGUAUUGCCCAUGGUUAAUUUGGUGCCUCUGUAAUUUGAUGUGUUCACAAUUCAGGUUGAAAGCGUUAUGUUCAUUUUGGUAUAUGAUGUAUAUUACCUUGGUGACAAAAAUGAAUUUAACUGUAAAAUUCAUCAAAUUAAACAGCCCCAUAUCAACCAUCAGUACAGUUUAAUGAAAAAGGGUAAAUAUAUAGACAAGGAAAGUUCAUAAAAUUCUCAAUGGAAG